AUGUAUUUUCUCAGGCAGGACAAAUCAACUUGGUUAACAGGUGGGAUUUAAUCAUUUUUCGCGUUGUGCUCUGAUUUUUGCCGUUUUUUUUAAUUUAAUUUACUUAACACAUGAUCUUUUUUUGAGCACACCUAAAGAACACUGAUGCAGUUUUUCUUUUUUUUUUCUUUUGUCUAAUCUUACACCUAAAGCUGCAGCUUGCAGGUUAAAGGAGGGACAAGCUGUUUUCGUUUUCAACAGUGCUAUUUCAAUUGGCCGGUUUUCCUGCUCGACUUAGCCUGUGGAGGUGGUUGGUAGGUAGGCUGGUACUAAGUGCGUGUGUGUGUAAUAUGUACGUGAGGACAGUGUGUGCAGCUGAAAGCCGGUUACCUAAAAGGGCUGUGCCAGGCCAGGCCAAAGUGGGUUAAUAAAAAUAACCAGCGUAGGAGCAGCGACAAUCCAGUAGUGCAGGCAGAGGAGUUAGAGAGAAACAGAGAGUGGAGAGACAGAGUGGAAGAAUCUGUCGCUCGUGGUUUACCUGAGAUUAAGUGUCUCUGUGGAUCUGCGAGUCGUCUUUAAUUACUCAAAUCUUAAAUUAAUAUUUUUCCUCCGUGUAAUCAUCAGUAAUUCUUCUUCUGUUUUCUUUUUUUCUAAUUUUAAAUAAAGUAAUUAAAUAUAGAACUGAGAAAGGAGCAGUUGGUAUCAUUACUGUACAUUAAAGACUGUGUGUGUAAGUCUUAACGCUCACCUGCAUGCUGUUUUUGAAUCUGUGUCUCAAUUUUCCUGCUGAUGUUGAAAUAAUUACUUAGCGUACACAAAACAAAAAGAUCUCUUAAUUAAAACUGUUUCUUCACAGCAGAUUUUCUAAUUUUCAGUUUACCUGUAAUUAAUUUAAAUCACUUGUCGGUCUUUUUUUUUUCUAACCUACCUUUUCGUAGUUCUUUCUUUUCGCUGAACGAUCCUGUUUUCUCUGUUUUUUUUUUUUUCUCAGCAUCUGAAACCAUAUGUGUUUGUGCCAUUUAUCCCUCUGUCUUGCGUUUCUCUCGUUUUACUUUAAUUGGCCUUGUUCAGGAUAAUAUUGUCGCAGAAAUUGCGGCGUUAACAAAAGCAGGAGAGCUGACAAAAACACUGUCAUGAUCCCAACUCUUGAAAUUCUACCUCUCAAACGUAUUUCACUUUAGACUUGAACUAAACAGUUACGUUUAAAUUCUCAGUGAAUGUAAUUUUUUCUUUUGCUUUGUCUCCUUUAAGAAUUCGUCUGUAUCUGUUGUCCGUGAACUUAAUCUUUUGAAUUCUUUUCUUCAUCUAGAUGUCUUGGUGUAAUUUUUUCAUGUUUAUUUGCCUUUACAUAAAAGAACAUUUAAUCAAAAUGUGGUACUUAAUUGAAACCCAGCAGAAUAUGUUGUAAAGCCCACAUGAGGAGUAAAUUCACGGAGAUCAAGAUUUUUAUCCGAUGUUUUUAACUUGACUUCUAUAUUUCUGUUUGGUUGCAGGUUAUGAGGACGGCAGGAUGGAGUUCCCAGACCACAGCAGACAUUUACUCCAGUGUCUGAGUGAGCAGCGGCACCAGGGCUUCCUGUGUGACUCCACAGUGCUGGUGGGCGAUGCCCAGUUCCGGGCCCACCGUGCUGUUUUGGCCUCCUGCAGCAUGUACUUUCACCUCUUCUACAAGGACCAGCUGGACAAGAGAGACGUGGUGCACCUCAACAGUGACAUUGUCACAGCCCCAGCCUUUUCCCUGCUCCUGGAGUUCAUGUAUGAGGGCAAGCUGCAGUUCCAGGACCUUCCCGUUGAGGAUGUGCUGGCAGCAGCCAGCUACCUGCACAUGUAUGACAUUGUCAAGGUGUGCAAGAAACGUUUGAAGCAAAAGGCCACGGCGGAGGCGGACAGCACGCGCAGAGAGGAUGAUGGAGGGUCCAGCUGCUCCGAUAAGGCCGACAGUCUAUCAGACGGCUCUCCGGGCCGGCCGGCCACAGCUGACCUGCUGCACAGUGAUGAAGAUGAGGAGGGAAAGACUGGGGAAGGCCCGCUGUGGCUGAGGCUGCCAUCUGCGGACAGACCGGGGACACCAGCCCUGGCCACCACCAGCCCGGGGCACGGAGAGGCAGAGAUGCAGGGUGGGGAAAGGCUGAGCGAGGGUGGGAAGCUGCUCUCCCCGGCCGGCAGCCCAACCAGCUCCACCGGCUCCCUCUCACAGAGGUCUCAUCGUUCUGUGAGCUCACGUGGAGGACACAGGGGCAGGAGGGUGUCAAAUGAUGCAGCUGACUGCGUUCUGGAUCUGUCGGUCAAGCCAACUGCAGGUAGCAACCACAGUAACCACCAUCAGUCCUAUUUCAGUGGGGCAGCUACACCAGACAGCCUACAAAGCCCAUUGGCUGUAAGGGUAAAGGUGGAGAGGGGUGUGGCUUCAGAUGAGGAAGAGGAACUGGGAGGUGGGGACUAUGAUAUGGAGCACAGUGGCAUCACCAAGGCAACAAUCCCCAGCACCAAUGGGGGCCUGACCCACCACGGGGUCGGAGGGCCUCUGUCAGCCCAGAGGCGGCUCGGCCUAGAAGCGCACCUGUCCGCUCUGCGAGAGGCGUCUCUGGCCUCCGAGCUGGAGCGGGACGAGAAGCCUUCGGCCACAGCUGACGACGAGGACAUAUUGGGGGGUGAAAAUGAGCGAGCGCAGGCCGAGGCGGCCAGUAUGGAUAGUUCCCUGCUGCCCUACGUCUCCAACAUGCUGUCAGCUCAGCACACCCAGAUCUUCAUGUGCCCGCUGUGUAACAAGGUUUUCCCCUCUCCACACAUCCUUCAGCUCCACCUCAGCUCCCACUUCAGGGAGCAGGAGGGCAUCCGCUCCAAGCCUGCCGGAGAUGUCAACGUGCCCACCUGCACCAUCUGCAGCAAGACCUUCUCCUGCAUGUACACGCUGAAGCGCCAUGAGCGGACACACUCUGGUGAGAAACCCUACACCUGCACCACCUGUGGCAAGAGCUUCCAGUACUCACACAACCUCAGUCGCCACGCAGUGGUUCACACGCGUGAGAAGCCACACGCUUGCAAAUGGUGCGAACGGCGCUUCACACAGUCCGGGGACCUCUAUCGGCACAUUCGCAAAUUCCAUUGCGAACUGGUCAAUUCACUGUCAGUGAAGAGUGAACCGCUGGCACUGCCCAAUGUCAGGGAUUGGGCAAUCGAGGACAGCUCCCAGGAACUGUGGAAGUAG